UUUCAAACCAGGACGGCACGAAGUUCACAUCGCAGUCAAAGGGUCCUCAGUUUGAGAAGAGAUGUCCUCCCAAGUGAGAAUGAGUCUGCUGCCGAGCGACAGAUGCUUGUUUGAUGAGCCCGUUCAGGUGAAGGUGGCCGGGCUGAGGUCGAGACAGGCGGUCACCAUGAGAGCCAGAUCGACUGACGAGAAGGGGGUGGUGUUCAGCUCCUCGGCCACCUACAGGGCCGAUGGGAGCGGGGAGAUCGACCUGGACAGACACCCCUCACUUGGUGGGAGCUAUGUUGGAGUUGAACCUACCGGUCUGCUGUGGUCGAUGAGGGCAGACACCCCGCACAGGUACUUAAACAAGAAUAAAGCACUGCAGCCACAUGUGGUGAAGUUCUCUGUGCACGAGGAGGAAGGUGAGGGCAGGAUGCUGGCAGAGGCGACCAAUGAAAGGGUUCUGAUGGGUGAUGGAGUCAGACGAGUCCCCGUCAAAGAGGGGAAUUUUCAGGGAGUCCUGUUUACUCCCCCAGGAGACGGUCCAUUUCCUGCUGUGCUGGAUCUGUGCACCUUUAUGUCAGAGAAAAGAGCCUGUCUGCUGGCCAACAAGGGCUUUGUGGUUCUAGCUAUGGCGGCCCUCGGUGGUAAGCCUGACAACAUCACAGAGAUGCAUCUGGACCACUUUGAAGAAGCAAAGGAUUUCUUACAACGACAACCUCAGGUGGGCAGUAAAGGAGUUGGUGUAAUAGCACGAUCAAAGGGAGCAGAUAUUGCGCUCUCACUUGCUGCUUUUGUGCCAGGUGUUGAGGCUGUAGUGUGGAUCAACGGCUGCAGCGCCAAUGUUGCCCUCCCCCUCUACUAUAAGAAACGCCAAAUCCUUUCACCGUUAAUGUUUGACUUCGACAAGGCGAUUCCCACUGAGUCAGGAGCUACCAUUAUCAAGUAUGGUGUUAAAGAUCCCCUGGCAGAGGAGAACAAGGGCAGCCUGGUCCCCGUUGAACAAGCAGAAGGACGUUUCCUCUUUGUGGCUUCAGAGGACGACCUGAACUGGGACAGCAAAGGUUAUGCAGAUGAGAUGACGGAGAGAUUGAAGCGUCAUGGGAAGGAGAACUUUGAGAGUGUGUAUUACCCAAGAGCUGGACACUUACUGGAGCCACCCUACGGGCCACACUGCCCCUCGGCUGUACAUGGACUCUUCAGCUUUCCAGUGGUGUGGGGAGGUGAGCCCAAGGCUCAUGCAGCAGCUGAAGUCCACCUGUGGAAGAAGAUCCAGGAGUUCUUCAGAACUCACCUGAGCUGCGAUGCCACACAGACUAAAGCCAAGUUAUAGAUACAAGUAGGUUGACCAGAAAGUAACAACCAAUGGCAGUUAACCAAAGAUAAUUAUUUUUGAAGCUGAAUGUUUUUCAGUUUUGAUGUUUGAUUGUUCAUUGUAUCAUGUUGAAAUUUAGGACCCAUCACAACCUGAUCUUACUAUCCAAUCCAUUUCAAUCCACGUUUAUUUAUAAAGCACAUUUAACAGUUAAAACAGGCAUUGUAAGGGUUCGCCCACAUGCAGAGACAGCUUGUUCCAGAGUUUGGGGGCUGGUGUGACUGUGCUUCGGCCUUGAACUUGGGACAAGGACCUGACCUGAGUGACCUUGUCGGUACAUUUUGUUGUAAAAGGUUGGAGAGAUUCAUUGAAACCAGGCUUAUAACAGUCCCCACUCGGUUCCAAUACCAGGACUACCCUUUUUAUCUCAUUAAGGUUUAAAAAAUGUCAUGCUAUACAACCUUUGCUGUCCAUAACGUCUGGAAAUGGACCCAAAGGGGAGCAUAUAAAGGGAAAAAAAGGAUUGCUCCAAGAAUAGAUCCCUGAGGAACUCCACAAGGGAAAGGUGCUCAGAAGGAUACAGAUAUACCCUAGCUGAUAUAAAAACUUCUGAUCUAAACCACUCCAGAACACCACCUUUUAAGGUACAAUGUGUAAGAAAUGGUCACCGAAAGUCACUGCAAACAAAUGGGAUGCAGCAUAUCACUAGAGUAACUGUUAACUGCUGCUCUCUAUACUGUUUGCUGUAGCUGUCUGUGGCUGUAGCUUCUGGAUGCUGUUAGUUACUUAGCUUAGUCAGCCGUGCAGCUAGUGGCCCUAUUAGCUGACUGGAGUCUGCCAUGAUUGCGAGCUUGUAGCACCAAGGAGUUUGUUGGUGCUUACAAAAUGGGCAACAUAAGUCAGCAACCUCCCAGUGAACACAGCCGGAUCAGUAGCAAACACAGCUUCUGAGACCGACCGAGACCAGUUUAAUGACAGGGAAAACAGUGCCGAGGUCAUUUACAGCGGUUCCAACCAGGACUCUGACUCCGGCCGAAAACCAGGAGGUGCAGCGAGAGGAAGGUCGGUCAUGGCCAGCAUGGAAAAAACCUGUCUCAAGCCAGAAUAUUUUCAUAUCUAACUUGCAGAACCAAACCAGAGUUUGUGACUGUUAUCCCACUGGAAAGACAUCGUGGUGAGUUUUGUUUCUGUCAAAUUUGAUUUAUAUCAUGAUAAUGUGUGAACAAGGUAGUUAAGCUCAUAAUAGUUGGAUAGAAGAGAGGGAAACUGGAAUUCAGAAGGUGAAUGGCUGUAUUUUUCUGUUUAAUAAUGAAAACAGGUCUAAGUAUGUUUUCUUAAUGACAUUUUGUACAUUUGUUUGUGUAUUUAUUUGACUAAAAGCUCAGAGCGCUUGUGAAAUUUAGCAAUCUUCCCUACAUUGCUGUGCUGCUGUGUACAAUUUUUGAAUUUUUUAAUUGUUUGGUCGAGCAGUCUCACAGAUCUCUUAAAAAAAGGUGAGGGUGUGACAGCAUCUGUCGUAGAAGAUGAAUGUUUCAUCACCAAUAAUUUUGAUUAAUUAUGAGUUAUACUGGCUCACAUCUGACAGCAUGAGUAGCGCCAAUUAACCGUGGUUUGGGUUUAGGUUUGGGACAUAUAGAUUUAAAAGGUGCCACAGUGUCUUAGAAUGAUUUGGCAGGUGGAAUGAAACAGUGUGAUUAAACUCCUCAGUAUUAAAACAAAAUUAUAUUUCUGAUUCAGUUGGGAUACUUUUAAAUUAAUCAUAAAAUGGAAAAGUGAGACCCCCUGGCAAUGGCUGUUGUUGGUGCAAUGAUAUUAAAAGAAGGAAAUAUCAAGUUUGUCAUGUGACAUACUAUUAGUAAUACACCUAUGGUAUCAAGCCAAAUGGUGAUCUUGGUGCAUAUCCUCCAUUAAACUGUGAGGGUUUGUGAGAUUUGACCUGACACAGAAGCUGGGCCUUGGCAGUACUGGAACUCCCUAACGUUAUCCACCUGCGCAGAUGGGAGUCUUUAUAGUCAAGACUGUUACAAUACAAAAACACACUUCCCGUCUAUGCUUCACAUCGAAAGUUUUCUGCCUGAGCCUGAGGAGACACACAAGGACUCCAGAGCUUAGUACAGAAGGAGGGUGGUGACUGGACUAGCAAUGCUACUUGUGCUACUCUUAGCAGAACUGGGACAUUGUGUAUUGACCUCUCUAUGGAAAACUGUCACCAAAGUCAUAGCAGGAGAUGGCAUUGUCUGGACUAAUACGCCCCCACCUCUUCAGACAAAGUAGGAGCAGCUUCCGCUUUUGAAUUGAUCCAAAUCAUUGUGCAUCGUAAGUCCUUGAACCUCUCUGCAGUGACCGCUCAUUGUAUGUUUUUGGACUAUAGAGUUAUCGUAACACCACGACUGAUGCCUUAUACUAUGAGUUAAACAUCUUUUUAUCUGUGUUAAUCUACAGUAGCAAAAAACAGCUCUUAGCCACAUUAAUUCACAUUCAUGUUUGUUGAAUGCCAUCGAUGUUGCAGUCGAUCAUUUUUAAUUUUCUUAGUAGGACUUCAAUUCAUUGUUGUUUGAUUUGAGUUAAGUUGUUUUUGUCAGCUUGAUGACCAGGUUGUGCAGCUCUGAUGUCGAUUUGCCUGGCAUAAAGAUGAGCU